CAGUAGGAAAAGAUAAGAAACGGGACAACAUAUACGCACUUAAUUACAUUGAAUGCUUCACCCAACGCACCACCCUCUUUAUAUUUUCCUCGUUCAUUCCCUCUUUUCUCCACCGUAUUUCUCUUUCAAUUCUCUCUCACAGGUUUACAAUGGAGUGUGUUCAAAAGGCUUUGAAGAACAGUUCUGCUGAGACCACGGCGGCGCCAACGUUGUCAGAUGAUUUCUGGGCUAAUGGACAGACUGUCGAUGAUUUCUUUGUCGAUAAUCUCCUCGAUUUCUCCGAAGCGCCUCUGUUUGAUGAAGAACAACAAAACAAUGAGCAAGAUGAAACGCUUUUGUUGGAAAAUGAACCGGUGGGUGAACCGGAGGUUAAAGUUGAACCGUCGCCCGGUUCUGUUGCUGCCGGCAGCGACCUUUGUUUUCCGACGGAUGACGUGGCGGACCUUGAGUGGCUAUCACACUUUGUGGAUGACACUGCUGCCGGUUACUCAUUAACAGUUCCACCCGCACCAAUAUCAUCUAAACCGGUCGUGAAGUGCUCUGAACCGGAAAUAACUCCGAAACCAACUACAAUUUUCACAACGGUUCAUACCAAGGCAAGAAGCAAGAGAACUCGAACCGGGGUCCGGGUCUGGUCACUCGGUGCAAACUCGCUCACUGACUCGUCGUCAUCAUCUACAUCGUCGUCGUCUCUUACGACGUCGAUGGCGUCUCCUUCGAACCCCUGGGCGUUCUACAACGACUUGGCUCAGUCAGCCGAGUCUGUGUUUGGCAAGCCGCCGGCCAAAAAGAAGCAAGCCACUGAAGCGCAGCCGCGACGGUGCAGCCAUUGUCUGGUUCAGAAGACCCCUCAGUGGAGAACCGGUCCCCUCGGGCCCAAAACGCUUUGUAACGCUUGUGGGGUCCGGUUCAAGUCCGGUCGGCUCUUGCCUGAGUACAGACCAGCUUGCAGCCCCACAUUUUCGAGCGAAAUUCACUCCAACAAUCACCGGAAAGUGAUGGAAAUGCGGCGAAAGAAGGACGGGGAUGAUGGGUUUGCGGUUCCGGUUUAAUUAGUGUUGAGCGGGUAGUUUAGAAGAAAUUAGGGUAGGAGAAAACCGGUUCAGAGUGAACCCGGUUUAGAAGUAGGCGCCAAUGUUUUAGUUGUGUUGGAUGUUUUUCUUUCAUGGUUGGUGCGGUAGGUUUCGAGUCAUGAAGCAAGUAACUGAUUAGGCAAGACGUUAAUGUACUUUCUUUUUUAAA